AUGACAUCGAUCCACUUCGUGGUGCAUCCGCUGCCGGGCACCGAGGACCAGCUCAAUGACCGGUUAAGGGAAGUUUCAGAGAAGCUGAAUAAAUACAAUUUAAAUAGCCACCCCCCUUUGAAUGUAUUGGAACAGGCUACUAUUAAACAAUGUGUGGUGGGACCAAAUCAUGCUGCAUUUCUUCUUGAGGACGGUAGAGUCUGCAGGAUUGGCUUUUCAGUUCAGCCAGACAGACUGGAAUUGGGUAAACCUGACAACAAUGAUGGUUCAAAGUUGAGCAGUGGCUCAGGGGCAGGAAGGACAUCCAGGCCAGGCAGGACUAGUGACUCCCCAUGGUUUCUGUCUGGUUCUGAAACUCUGGGCAGACUGGCAGGCAACACCCUUGGAAGCCGCUGGAGUUCAGGGGUUGGUGGAAGUGGAGGAGGAUCCUCUGGUAGAUCAUCAGCUGGAGCUCGGGAUUCCCGAAGGCAAACCAGAGUUAUUCGCACUGGACGUGAUAGAGGAUCUGGACUGUUGGGUAGUCAGCCACAGCCAGUGAUUCCAGCAUCAGUAAUUCCAGAGGAACUCAUUUCACAGGCACAAGUUGUUUUACAAGGAAAGUCCAGAAGUGUCAUUAUACGAGAACUCCAGCGGACAAAUCUUGAUGUAAAUCUUGCUGUAAAUAAUUUGCUGAGCCGUGAUGAUGAAGAUGGAGAUGAUGGAGAUGACACAGCAAGUGAAUCAUAUCUACCUGGAGAGGAUCUUAUGUCUCUUCUGGAUGCUGACAUACAUUCUGCUCACCCAAGUGUCAUUAUUGAUGCUGAUGCUAUGUUUUCAGAAGAUAUUAGUUACUUUGGUUAUCCAUCCUUUCGGCGUUCAUCACUUUCCAGGCUAGGCUCAUCCCGAGUUCUCCUUCUUCCCUUAGAGAGAGACUCUGAGCUGUUGCGUGAACGAGAGUCCGUUUUACGUUUGCGUGAACGAAGGUGGCUUGAUGGAGCCUCAUUUGAUAAUGAAAGGGGCUCUACAAGCAAGGAAGGGGAGCCAAACCUGGAUAAGAAGAAUACACCUGUUCAAAGCCCAGUCUCGUUAGGAGAAGACUUGCAAUGGUGGCCAGAUAAGGAUGGAACAAAGUUUAUUUCUAUUGGAGCUCUGUAUUCUGAGCUUGUGGCAGUUAGCAGUAAAGGGGAACUUUAUCAGUGGAAAUGGAGUGAAUCAGAGCCUUAUAGAAAUGCACAGAAUCCUUCAUUACAUCAUCCACGAGCAAUGUUUUUGGGGUUAACCAAUGAAAAGAUAGUGCUCCUUUCUGCAAAUAGUAUCAGAGCAACUGUAGCCACAGAAAAUAACAAGGUUGCUACCUGGGUGGAUGAAACUUUAAGCUCUGUAGCUGCUAAAUUGGAACACACUGCACAGACGUACUCAGAGCUGCAGGGAGAACGGAUAGUUUCAUUACACUGUUGCGCUCUUUAUACCUGUGCUCAGCUAGAGAACAACUUGUACUGGUGGGGAGUAGUUCCUUUUAGCCAAAGGAAGAAGAUGCUAGAAAAGGCCAGAGCAAAAAAUAAAAAGCCCAAGUCUAGUGCUGGCAUCUCUUCAAUGCCAAAUAUCACAGUUGGCACGCAGGUGUGCCUGAGAAAUAAUCCCCUUUAUCAUGCUGGAGCUGUGGCUUUUUCAAUUAGCGCUGGAAUUCCUAAAGUGGGUGUCUUAAUGGAAUCCGUUUGGAAUAUGAAUGAUAGCUGUAGGUUCCAGCUUCGAUCACCAGAGAGCUUGAAAAACAUGGAGAAAGCUAGCAAAACUACUGAGGCAAAGCCUGAAAGCAAACAGGAACCAGUGAAAACUGAAAUGGGUCCACCACCAUCCCCAGCUUCUACCUGUAGUGAUGCAUCUUCAAUUGCAAGCAGCGCAUCAAUGCCGUACAAACGACGACGGUCUACUCCUGCUCCGAAAGAAGAAGAGAAAGUGAAUGAAGAGCAGUGGUCUCUUAGGGAAGUCGUGUUUGUAGAAGAUGUUAAGAAUGUUCCUGUUGGCAAGGUACUAAAAGUGGACGGUGCCUAUGUUGCUGUGAAAUUUCCAGGCACAUCCAGUAAUACAAACUGUCAGAGCAGCUCCGGUUCAGAUCCCGAUCCUUCUUCCCUUCUCCAAGAUUGUAGGCUGCUCAGAAUAGAUGAACUCCAGGUAGUCAAAACUGGCGGGACUCCAAAAGUUCCAGACUGCUUCCAAAGGACUCCUAAAAAGCUGUGUAUUCCUGAAAAAACAGAGAUUCUAGCAGUGAAUGUAGAUUCAAAAGGAGUGCAUGCUGUCUUGAAGACUGGGAACUGGGUUCGAUACUGCAUAUUUGACCUUGCUACAGGGAAAGCUGAGCAAGAAAAUAACUUCCCCACUAGCAGCAUUGCUUUCCUGGGUCAGAAUGAGAGAAGCGUUGCCAUUUUUACAGCUGGACAGGAAUCUCCUAUUAUUCUUAGAGAUGGAAAUGGAACUAUCUAUCCAAUGGCAAAAGAUUGCAUGGGUGGAAUAAGGGAUCCCGACUGGCUUGAUCUUCCACCUAUUAGUAGUCUUGGAAUGGGUGUUCAUUCCUUAACAAAUCUUCCUGCUAAUUCAACCAUCAAAAAGAAAGCUGCUAUCAUCAUCAUGGCUGUUGAGAAACAGACUUUAAUGCAGCAUAUUCUCCGAUGUGACUAUGAGGCCUGCAGACAAUACCUGAUGAAUCUUGAACAAGCUGUUGUCUUGGAUCAGAAUCUACAAAUGCUGCAGACGUUCCUCAGCCACAGAUGCGAUGGAAAUCGUAAUAUUCUACAUGCUUGUGUAUCUGUAUGCUUCCCAACCAGUAACAAAGAAACUAAAGAGGAAGAGGAAGCAGAGCGCUCUGAAAGGAAUACGUUUGCUGAAAGGCUUUCUGCGGUUGAGGCUAUUGCAAAUGCAAUCUCAGUAGUAUCAAGUAAUGGUCCAGGAAAUCGGGCAGGAUCAUCAAGCAGCAGAAGUUUGAGAUUAAGGGAGAUGAUGAGAAGAUCCUUGCGAGCAGCUGGAUUGGGUAGGCAUGAAGCUGGAGCUUCAUCUAGUGAUCACCAGGACCCAGUUUCUCCACCAAUAGCUCCUCCCAGCUGGGUUCCUGAUCCUCCUGCAAUGGAUCCUGAUGGUGACAUUGAUUUUAUCCUGGCCCCCGCUGUGGGAUCUCUUACCACAGCAGCGACUGGCACUGGCCCAGGACCUAGCACCUCCACCAUACCAGGUCCUUCUACUGAACCAUCUGUAGUGGAAUCAAAGGAUCGGAAGGCAAAUGCUCAUUUUAUACUGAAAUUGUUAUGUGAUAGUGUCGUUUUACAACCUUAUCUUCGAGAACUACUAUCAGCCAAAGAUGCAAGAGGUAUGACACCGUUUAUGUCUGCUGUUAGUGGCAGAGCGUACCCUGCUGCAAUUACCAUUCUGGAAACUGCACAGAAAAUUGCCAAAGCGGAGGCAACUUCUAGUGAAAAAGAGGAAGAUGUGUUCAUGGGAAUGGUUUGCCCAUCUGGCACAAACCCAGAUGAUUCUCCUUUAUAUGUCCUGUGUUGUAAUGAUACAUGCAGCUUUACGUGGACUGGGGCAGAGCACAUUAAUCAGGAUAUUUUUGAAUGCCGAACAUGUGGCUUACUGGAAUCUCUUUGUUGUUGCACAGAAUGUGCACGGGUUUGUCACAAAGGUCAUGAUUGCAAGCUCAAGCGAACAUCCCCAACAGCCUACUGUGAUUGCUGGGAAAAAUGCAAGUGUAAAACAUUAAUUGCAGGACAGAAGUCUGCUCGUCUUGAUCUACUUUACAGACUGCUUACCACUACAAAUCUGGUCACAAUGCCAAAUAGCAGGGGGGAACAUCUUCUAUUAUUCUUAGUACAGACAGUUGCCAGGCAAACUGUAGAACACUGCCAGUACAGACCACCUAGAAUUAGGGAAGAUCGUAAUCGUAAAACUGCAAAUCCUGAAGAUUCUGAUAUGCCUGAUCACGAUUUAGAACCUCCACGAUUUGCUCAGCUUGCUUUGGAACGUGUUUUACAAGAUUGGAAUGCGCUGAAAUCUAUGAUCAUGUUUGGCUCCCAGGAGAAUAAAGACCCUCUUAGUGCAAGCAGUAGAAUAGGUCAUCUUUUGCCUGAAGAACAAGUUUACCUUAAUCAGCAAAGUGGUACAAUUCGGUUGGACUGUUUUACACAUUGCCUUAUUGUCAAGUGCACAGCAGACAUUUUGCUUUUAGAUACUUUGCUGGGUACUCUUGUAAAGGAGCUACAAAAUAAAUACACUCCAGGGCGCAGAGAAGAAGCUAUUGCCGUUACAAUGAGAUUUCUGCGUUCUGUGGCAAGAGUUUUUGUUAUUCUUAGUGUGGAAAUGGCUUCAUCCAAAAAGAAAAACAACUUCAUUCCACAACCAAUUGGAAAAUGUAAACGUGUAUUCCAAGCAUUGUUACCCUAUGCUGUGGAGGAGUUGUGUAAUGUAGCGGAAUCCCUAAUUAUUCCAGUCAGGAUGGGUAUUGCGCGUCCUACUGCACCAUUUACUCUUGCUAGCACUAGUAUAGAUGCCAUGCAAGGCAGUGAAGAACUAUUCUCUGUGGAGCCUCUACCACCAAGACCAUCAUCUGAUCAGUCUAGCAGUUCCAGUCAGUCUCAGUCCUCCUACAUUAUAAGGAAUCCUCAGCAGAGACGGAUCAGCCAGUCACAGCCAGUUCGUGGCAGAGAUGAAGAGCAAGAUGAUAUUGUAUCAGCAGAUGUGGAAGAGGUUGAAGUGGUUGAGGGAGUAGCUGGAGAGGAAGACCACCAUGAUGAACAAGAAGAACAUGGAGAAGAAAAUGCUGAAGCAGAAGGACAACAUGAUGAGCAUGAUGAAGACGGCAGUGACAUGGAGCUGGAUCUACUAGCAGCAGCUGAAACAGAAAGUGACAGUGAGAGUAACCACAGCAAUCAGGACAAUGCUAGCGGGCGUAGAAGUGUUGUCACUGCAGCUACUGCGGGAUCAGAAGCAGGUGCUAGCAGUGUUCCAGCAUUUUUUUCUGAGGAUGAUUCUCAGUCAAAUGACUCCAGUGAUUCAGACAGCAGCAGUAGCCAGAGUGAUGACAUAGAGCAGGAGACCUUCAUGCUUGAUGAGCCUCUAGAGCGAACCACAAAUAGCUCUCAUGCCAAUGGUGCUGCCCAAGCUCCCCGUUCAAUGCAGUGGGCUGUACGUAACACCCAGAAUCAGAGAACAACUAGCACAGCUCCAUCAAGCACAUCUGCCCCAGCAGCAAGUUCAGCAGGUUUGAUUUAUAUUGAUCCAUCGAAUUUACGUCGAAGCGGCACCAUCAGCACAAGUGCUGCAGCAGCAGCUGCAGCUUUAGAAGCUAGCAAUGCAAGCAGCUAUUUAACAUCUGCAAGCAGCUUAGCGAGGGCAUACAGUAUUGUGAUCCGACAGAUAUCUGAUUUGAUGGGUUUGAUUCCCAAAUACAAUCAUCUGGUAUACUCCCAGAUCCCCGCUGCAGUGAAACUGACUUAUCAGGAUGCAGUAAACUUGCAGAACUAUGUAGAGGAAAAGCUUAUUCCCACUUGGAAUUGGAUGGUUAGCAUCAUGGACUCCACUGAAGCUCAACUGCGUUAUGGUUCUGCACUAGCAUCUGCUGGUGACCCUGGACAUCCAAACCAUCCCCUGCAUGCUUCCCAGAACUCAACGAGAAGGGAGAGGAUGACAGCACGUGAGGAGGCUAGCUUAAGAACACUUGAGGGUAGAAGGCGUGCUACUUUGCUUAGUGCCCGUCAAGGAAUGAUGUCGGCACGUGGAGACUUUCUAAAUUAUGCCCUCUCUCUGAUGCGUUCUCACAAUGAUGAGCACUCAGAUGUUCUUCCUGUUCUGGAUGUCUGCUCACUGAAGCACGUAGCAUAUGUUUUUCAGGCCCUUAUUUAUUGGAUUAAAGCAAUGAACCAACAGACAACAUUGGACACUCCUCAGCUGGAACGGAAAAGGACUCGUGAGCUCUUGGAACUGGGUCUUGACAACGAAGAUUCAGAACAUGAAAAUGAUGAUGACACAAAUCAAAGUGCUACACUUAAUGACAAGGAUGAUGACUCCCUCCCAGCAGAAACUGGCCAAAACCAUCCAUUCUUCCGACGGUCAGACUCCAUGACGUUCCUUGGUUGUAUUCCACCCAAUCCAUUUGAAGUUCCUCUAGCGGAAGCCAUCCCCCUGGCAGACCAGCCACAUCUUCUACAGCCAAAUGCUAGAAAAGAAGAUCUAUUUGGCCGUCCAAGUCAGGGUUUAUAUUCAUCCUCUGCCAACAGUGGGAAGUGCUUAAUGGAAGUGACAGUGGAUAGAAACUGCCUUGAGGUUCUUCCAACCAAAAUGUCUUAUGCAGCCAAUUUAAAAAAUGUUAUGAGCAUGCAAAAUCGGCAAAAGAAGGAAGGAGAGGAACAAAAUGUGCCAACAGAAGAAUCUGAGACUUCAAAACCAGGGCCUUCAGCUCAUGAUCUUGCAGCACAGCUGAAAAGCAGCUUGCUGGCAGAGAUAGGACUGACAGAGAGUGAAGGGCCACCUCUUACAUCAUUCAGGCCCCAGUGUAGUUUCAUGGGAAUGGUUAUUUCUCAUGAUAUGUUGCUAGGACGUUGGCGCCUUUCUUUAGAACUGUUUGGCAGAGUGUUCAUGGAAGAUGUUGGAGCAGAGCCUGGAUCAAUCUUGACUGAAUUAGGUGGCUUUGAAGUAAAAGAAUCAAAAUUCCGCAGAGAAAUGGAAAAACUUAGAAACCAGCAAUCCAGGGAUUUAACAUUGGAGGUUGAUCGAGAUAGAGAUCUUCUAAUUCAGCAGACGAUGAGGCAGCUCAACAAUCAUUUUGGUCGCAGAUGUGCUACAACUCCAAUGGCUGUGCACAGAGUAAAAGUUACAUUUAAGGAUGAGCCAGGAGAAGGCAGUGGUGUAGCACGAAGUUUUUAUACUGCCAUUGCACAGGCUUUUCUAUCAAAUGAGAAAUUGCCAAACCUAGACUGCAUCCAGAAUGCCAACAAGGGUACCCAUACAAGUCUGAUGCAGAGAUUGCGAAAUAGAGGGGAGAGAGAUCGGGAGAGGGAGCGAGAAAGGGAAAUGAGGAGGAGUAGUGGCUUACGAGCUGGUUCUCGCAGAGACAGGGAUAGGGACUUUAGAAGACAACUUUCCAUUGACACAAGGCCCUUUAGACCAGCCUCAGAAGGGAAUCCUAGUGAUGAUCCUGAUCCUCUUCCAGCACAUCGACAGGCCCUUGGAGAAAGGCUUUACCCUCGUGUACAAGCAAUGCAACCAGCAUUUGCAAGCAAAAUCACAGGUAUGCUACUGGAGUUGUCCCCGGCUCAGCUGCUUCUGUUACUAGCAAGUGAAGAUUCCCUUAGAGCAAGAGUUGAUGAGGCUAUGGAACUCAUUAUUGCACAUGGAAGGGAAAAUGGAGCUGACAGUAUCCUGGAUCUUGGGUUGCUAGACUCCUCAGACAAGGUACAGCAGGAAAAUAGAAAGCGACAUGGCUCCAGUCGCAGUGUGGUGGACAUGGAAUUAGAUGAUACAGAUGAUGGUGAUGAUAAUGCACCACUAUUCUACCAACCUGGGAAACGAGGUUUUUAUACACCAAGGCCUGGCAAAAACACAGAGGCAAGGUUGAAUUGUUUCAGAAAUAUUGGCAGAAUUCUAGGGUUGUGCUUACUGCAGAAUGAACUGUGUCCCAUCACGUUAAACAGACAUGUUAUCAAAGUUCUUCUUGGCAGAAAAGUGAACUGGCAUGACUUUGCUUUUUUUGAUCCGGUUAUGUAUGAGAGCUUGCGGCAACUUAUCCUAGCCUCCCAGAGCACGGAUGCUGAUGCUGUUUUUGCAGCAAUGGAUUUAGCAUUUGCAAUAGACCUGUGCAAGGAGGAGGGUGGAGGGCAGGUUGAACUUAUCUCCAAUGGUGUAAAUAUACCAGUCACCCCUCAGAAUGUUUAUGAAUAUGUCCGGAAAUAUGCAGAACACAGAAUGUUGGUAGUAGCAGAACAACCUCUACAUGCAAUGAGGAAAGGUCUGCUGGAUGUGCUUCCAAAGAAUUCAUUAGAAGACUUGACAGCAGAAGAUUUCAGGCUUUUGGUAAACGGCUGUGGUGAAGUAAACGUGCAAAUGCUGAUCAGCUUUACCUCUUUCAAUGAUGAGUCAGGAGAAAAUGCUGAGAAGCUUUUGCAGUUCAAGCGUUGGUUUUGGUCCAUAGUUGAGAAGAUGAGUAUGACAGAAAGACAAGAUCUAGUUUAUUUUUGGACAUCAAGCCCAUCAUUGCCUGCCAGUGAGGAGGGAUUCCAGCCCAUGCCAUCUAUCACAAUAAGACCACCAGAUGACCAACAUCUUCCUACAGCAAACACUUGCAUUUCUCGCCUUUAUGUCCCACUCUAUUCCUCUAAACAGAUUCUGAAACAGAAAUUGUUACUCGCCAUUAAGACCAAGAAUUUUGGUUUUGUGUAGAGUAUAAAAAGUGUGUAUUGCUGUGUAAUAUUACUAGCUAAGUUUUGUAGAUUUUUUCCAUUUGUCUAUAAAAGUUUAUGAAAGUUAAUGCUGUCAUACCCCUGGUGGUACUUUAUUGAUUAAAUGCAAACAUUCCUGUACUAAGUUUGUAACCUACAGGCCUAAGGAGCACUAGCAAUGUUUGACUGUAACAGUUCGCUAGUCAAUAACUUCUUGGCCUAACCCCAGCCAAAGAUGACAGCAGAACAAUAUAAUUUACACUGUGAUUUAUCUUUUUGCUGAGGGAAAAUAUGUAAAAUGUUCAGAAAAUUCACUGCUGCCUUUGUGAAAAGUGUUUCAGCAAAGGUUCUUGUAUAGAGGGAGUAGGGAAUUUCAAAAUAAAAAAUUAAGUAUGUUCUGUGUUUUAUUUUAACUUUUUUUAUGGUGUUUAAUUUGUGGUUGGCUGCAGUUGUGUAUCAUGUAUAUUGAACUUGUAAAAAGUUCUUCACAGUUCAGAUCUAAGAGUUGGAAUCAUUCACUUUUACUUAUGAAACCACUUUCAUUGCAAUUUCUGUUCUGAUUGCAUUGAACUCUGGCACAUUAGAUCCCAUCACUAAUAUUUUGCAUGUAAUCUGUACCUUUAGUGAGGUUUUUUGUACAUAUGAUGAGGCCAAUGCACAUUAUUUCAUAGUUCACAAUCAACAUUUUUGUAUCCCUGUUUCAGUAAGCAGACAGUC